AUGGAUGUAAAUACUCUGGAAACAAAUUUAGCUGAUAAUGUGGAUACAGCCAAACAAAAUGGAAACGAGAAAACACAAGCGAAAACCUCUUUAGCAAUGAAGAAAACAGCAUUCCAAUUGAAAGAAAAUAAUGGAAAUAUUCUGACAAUCCAUCAUACGAUCAAAGAAAAUGAUAAAAUGCUGCGUAUUGUCAUAAGUGUGGCUUGUUUUGAUAUCCGCGGCUUACAGCUGGUUGCUGUGGACAGAAGGGGAACAAUUUUUGUAUUCGAUUUAGUCUCAAGACGUUAUUGGCGACAUGCAGAUGUUCUACCAAAACCAAGUGCAAUUACAUCCUCGUAUAAGGAACAUAAUCAGUUUAUUAUGGGUAACAAGGAAGGCGUGAUAGUUCUAUUGGAUGUGGGUAAGUGCAAUCGCAUUUUGCAUAUAAAUAAAAUUUCCAACGAUGUCAUUAAUGAGAUAUCAUUUCCGGGCCAACCACUGGAACCCAAAACAUUAAUGCUCAUACGUAUUGGACGCUCAGCAAUAAUUAUGGACUUUGAAAAGUUUACGUGUACACAUCGCUUAGAUUUUGACAAAUUACAAAUGUCAUUGAAAUUUGCCUCAUAUCUACCGCAAUCGGAAAAUAUAUUGACUUGUUUUUCCAAUGACACCAUACACAUUUGGUCCGGGGUUUCAUUGGAAGUUAUACGUGUUAUACAUCCAAUACGUUUAAGGGAUAAAAAAAUGCAGACCGAUGAAACCAGAAUACCAGAACUCACACUCGACAAUGUGGAACACAAGGAGCAGAUAUCGAAAAUAAAUAUGGAUAAUGGUUUAAUUGCUGCAUAUGCUUAUCGCAUGGAUGGUUCAGUGUUUGCCCUAUCAACAUGGGAUAAUUAUUUACUUCUGCUCAGCCCAUAUACUUUUGAACUCCAGACAUUGAUAAAUUGCAAAGAUUUCAUUUUGUUGCAAAUGUCUUUGAUGGCCAAACCAAAUGAUCAAUUUUUAAUUGGCCUAACGAACAGAGGAUCGGUUGUUAUGUUUGAUUGUAUUAAUACAGAAUAUAAAUUAAUUAUUGACAUUGGUCCGGCAAGAUCUUUAAGAUCUUCUUUAGGUAGUAAAUAUCUGACAAUAAGUCGUAUAUCUGGUGAAUUAUCCCUGUGGUCCAUAUGCCAUCUGCUGUCGGUGUUAAAAUUACAACAAGAAUGUAUGACCCUGCUAAGAUCAGCUUUUAAACAAGCCAAACCUUUUAAACUGCCUUCAAAUGAAAUGGAUACAAAAUUCCAAGAAGAAAUUAAAAAACUCCUAACUCCGCAUCGUUUGCAACAAAUUUUACAAGAGUUCCAUUGUUAUCCACCAAAAUAUCGCAGCUUGAUUUGGUGUUCUCUGCUGGUGUUGCCUUACAACAAAUUGCAAUAUAAUGAUUUACUACAAAUGGGCACACCCCCAACCAUUGCCCAGAGAUGUCGCCAUCUGAACAUGAAAAAUGACACCCUGAAAAGGGCAUUGAUAAAAUGUUGGUCCAGUCUCAGUCAAUGGUGUAAAGUUUUGGCUUACAGUGAAAUGCUACCCGACUUAAUAUUCCCCUUUGUAAAAUGUUUCCAACAAAAUCAUUUGGUGGCAUUUGAAAUCUGUAUGACUUUAAUAACCAAUCAGUAUCAAUUAUUUUUUGAAUAUCAUCCAUUGGAACCGUCAAGUUAUUUGGGAUUAUGUGCCAAUAUCUUGCAACACUAUGACAAAAUGUUAUUUGAUUAUUUCACGGCAAAAGAUGUUACACCCACAAUAUAUGCUUGGAGUAUUUUGAAGAAUUCUUUCAGUGAAAUACUGGAUGAAGAGCAGUGGCUGUGUUUAUGGGAUAAUGUAUUAUCUUCGCCCAUAUAUUAUCCCAUUUUUGUUGUUGUUGCCUACAACAUUAUGCAAAAGGAAGUCUUAUUACGUCUCCCAGACAAAUUUAUUAUCGAACGUUUCUAUCAUGAUCAAAAUCCCAUUGAUGUACGUAAAUUAAUAGCGAAAGCCUACAAACUACUUGACAAAUGUCCCGCUCAUUUACAUCCCAAACGUUAUAUGCAAACCAAUUUCCAACCCAUACCUCCAAAUGUUUAUCCCAAAUUCCUCAACUAUCCCAAUGAAUGUUUAAAAAGAUACGAAGAAAAAGUACAAGAUUUACAGUGCAUAAAUGCGGUAAUUGAUUCGCGAAUGCGCGAUUUAGAACUUGAAGAAUUGGAGAUAAUGAAACGUUUAGAAAAUGGUCUACGGCAAGAGGAACACACGAAACGUCUUAAAGAAGUGGAGAAAUACUAUCAGGAUACACUGAGACGUGAAGAGGAGAGAAUCAAUUGUCAGCGUAAAAUGUUAUUACUCUAUCGUAAAGAGUUGCGUCACAAAAAAGGUGAGGUAGCUGCCGCUCUACAAGAAGCGGAACAACGUAAAACUAUUCUACUCAAAGAACAUGAACUCAAUUCGCUCCAAUAUUAUAUAGAACAAGAGCGCAUGUGCAAUGACAUUAAUUUAAUGUGGGCUGAAGAGGAACUACAAAAUCAAGAUCUUGAACUGCUGGCUCAGAAAUCAAUGAAACCACCUUUAACACCAUCAUUAACCUCAACAUAUUAUGAUGAUAUUUGUCGAUUACAAAAUGAACAGAAAAGACUUAAUAAUGAUAUUAAAAAGGUAAGAAAGAAACGAAGAAAGAAAUAUGUACAAAAGGAGUUUUGGAAAUUCGACAUAUAA